AGACAAGCCUAGGAUAGAAUAAGCACGAAUCAUGAAGGUUGGAGUAUGGAUAUGCAAAUGAAAUGAGCAGCAGUUGUAAAGUAUAAAAAAGGGUGGAGAAGAAAAGAGAGAAUUGACGGGAAUGUAGGGGGAGCGGGAUGCGGAAGAGGCUGCGUUAAUUUUGGGAGAGCUCGAUCCGACAUUAGAAUGGCGACGGCGUGCGCAGACAACUGGUUCCUCAACUUCGACAAGCCGGAAGAGGCGUGGAAGUUCGUGGGAUUUAUCAUCAUCUUUGUGACGCGGAGCGUGGUGCACCAUCUGAUGAAGCCACAGCCUUACCUCACCACCGAUUUCGCUAUAGGGAUAGUACUGGGCAAUCUUCCCAAAAUCCGGGAGGCCUUCUUGGGUCCCUACUCCAUAACAUUGAACAACAUCAUAGAGUUUGGAAUGAUCUGUCACAUGUUCGUGUUGGGUCUGGAGAUGAGACCGAGUGUCCUCAUCCGACCCCCUACCAAAGACGCCCUCAUCGCUUACUCAGGAAUGUUCACCACUUUCCUCCUUGCCAUUCUCACCACCCCUUUCCUCCGCUUCACCACCUCCUCCGCCAUCAAUUUCCCGCUCGCCCUCUCCCUCAUGGCCUCUGGCACCGCCUCCCCUGUCCUCACCCGCCUUAUCUCCAACCUCAAGAUCCGUAAAUCCGACAUCGGCAAGCUCGCCACCUCUGCUGGUGUUCACACCGACAUGGUCUCCACCCUCUUCUAUUGCCUCGGUUUCAUCAUUCUCCCCACCGAGAAGCCUCCUCCCCAGCCUCUCCACCGCUUCUUCCGCCUCCUCCUCAUGAUCUCCUUGCUCCUUGCUCAGGCUACCUUUACUGCCAUCGUCUCCCCCAUCUUCCUCAAUUGGGUCAACAACGAGAACCCCGAGGGCAAACCUCUCAAGGGCUCUCACCUCGUCAUGUCCCUAGCCUUCAUCGUCCUCAUCUGCACCUUCCCCACUUGGGCCCCUCAAUCCAAGUAUAAUCCCAUCCUCAGCGCCUUCACCGCUGGCCUCUUCCUCCCCAACCACGGCAGAAUGUCCAAAUGGAUCAUCAACAAGAUCAAUUACUUGCUCGGCACUGUCUUCUACCCCGUCUUCUUCUUCUGGGUCGGCUUCAUGACUCAUAUGAGCGACUUUGCCUGGCGUGACAAGAUGGUAUGGGUCCGAGCCUUUUCCCUCCUCCUCACUGUCAUUGCUGGAAAAGUCGUUGGAACCGUUAUCUGUGGGGCUUUGCUCGGCUACCAUGUCCCUGAGACCGCCUCCCUCGGAUUGCUUCUCACUGCCAAGGGCCAUUUCCACGUCUUCUUGGCCGCACUCGCCAUCAGGACAAAAUCGGUGACCAACACCACCGGGUCGGUGAUCAUUUUAAUCAUUGUCAUCACCGUUGGUUACUCCCCCUAUGUAGUCAAAGACAUCAUCAAACGAGCAAGGAAGCGCGUGCCGGUGCACAUCAUGGCACUUCAGUGGCUUGACCCAACCAAUGAGCUUAGGGUCAUGAUCGGCCUCCACGGGGCACAUAACAUCGGCUCCACCAUCAACCUCAUGGAGAUCUGUCAUGGUGGACGUGAGCCUGGCUCUGUUUUCUACGCCACUGACAUGGUAGAACUAACGGAUGAGAUCGCGGCCACGAUACAGAGGGUGAAUGGAGCGUCAUCAUUAACAGUGACAGAUGAUUCAGUGACGGAGAUGAGAGACACCAUAACGACGGCGGUUAAUGGAUACACGGAGUUACGGAGUGGUCAAGGCGUCACCGUACGCCGAAUGCUUGCUUUGUCCACGUUUACUACGAUGGCACACGAUGUUUGCGGGUUGGCGGAUGAACUCAUGGUUUCCAUCAUCAUUCUUCCCUUCCAUAAAGGUCGCAAUACUGACGGAACUCUUGACUCCGGCCAUGCUGGCUUCCGUUACGUCAACCGCAAGAUUCUUAAGAAUGCACCUUGUUCGGUGGGAAUUCUAGUGGACAGAUCGUUUGGCCAAAUGGAGGAAGCAUGGAGACCAGGAGCGUCCAUGGAUGUGGCUAUAAUAUUCAUAGGUGGCCGGGAUGAUCGGGAAGCUCUUGCUUUUGCUGCACGUCUUGCCCGUCACUCAGUCGUGAAGUUGAAAGUGAUACGUUUUCUAGAAGACAAGAGUUCUCAGAACCCUCCAAAACGCAGUAACAUACUAAAUAGAGAGAGUGCCGCAGAACAAGAGGAGGAGAUGAAGCUGGACGAUGAGUGUUUUGCUGAGUUCUACGAGAGGUACAUCGCCACCGGAGGACGUGUGACCUACAUGGAGAAGCAUUUGGCCAACUCAUCCGAGACUUUCACGACUCUCAAGUCCCUAGACGGGGAAUACGGGCUUGUGAUUGUGGGGAGGGGCGGGAGGCGUGCCAAUAGCAUGCUGACGGUUGGUCUGAACGACUGGCAGCAAUGUCCUGAACUUGGUCCCAUAGGGGAUGUUCUCUCAGGUUCUGAUUUCUCCCACAGCACGUCCGUCCUGAUCAUUCAACAACAGCGCACGCGUGGCCAGCUCGAAGGGCUUCAUGACGAUUUCUCCAUCAUGUGAUCGGAUUGUAUGUAAUAGUUUAUGCCACACUUUGUACGUUAGCCCGAGAGUAAGAGACAUCUUUUAGGCAGAACCGUAGAGUAGCAGCGUGAUAACGUCUGACGCAUAUGGAAUACCAUACAAUAAGUUUAUCUGAUUUUUUAUAGACGGAGAGAGUUCUCAGGUUA